GGUUGCUGGCGAGCCACACCGGCCCGCGUCACCGCUCUGCGCGCUCCCUGCACCUCCCCGGCUGCUUCAGCCCAAGAAAACGAAACCCAGGAGGCCCCGGCACCCGCGAUCGCGCCGACUUGGUGCUGCGAGGGCCGUGCUCGCCCCGCGCUCGCCCUGCGCGGACUCCAGAGCUGUGCGCACCGCGCGGGCGGCGGCUGAACCGGCACCGGGCGGGCGCGGGAGCCGUAAGGCCCCGGGGCUUCGGGCGCCUGCUGCGCGGCCUCGGCGGCGUUGGCCCUUUCCCGCUCGCAGUUGGGUCGCGGGCCCGGCCCGUGAGCCGCGCGCAGUAUGGGCAGAUGCUGCUUCUACACGGCGGGGACCCUGUCCCUGCUGCUGCUGGUGACCAGUGUCACGCUGCUGGUGGCUCGAGUCUUCCAGAAGGCGGUAGACCAGACGAUCGAAAAGAAUAUGGUGUUGAGAAAUGGUACCGAGGUCUUUGACUCCUGGGAGAAACCCCCUCUACCUGUAUACAGCCAGUUCUAUUUCUUCAAUGUCACCAAUCCAGAGGAGAUCCUCCGAGGAGAAAUCCCCAUAGUAGAAGAAGUGGGGCCGUACACCUACAGGGAACUCAGAAACAAGGCAAACAUCCAGUUCGGAGAGAAUGGAACAACCAUAUCUGCUGUCAGCAAUAAGGCAUAUGUUUUUGAACGAAACCAAUCAGUUGGCGACCCUAAUGUUGACUUGAUUAGGACAGUAAAUAUUCCUCUGUUGACUGUUGUGGAACUGGCCCAGCUGCCCCUCCUCCGGGAGAUCAUUGAGGCCAUGCUGAAGACCUACCAGCAGAAGCUGUUUGUGACCCACACUGUGCAUGAACUGCUCUGGGGCUACAAAGAUGAGAUCUUGUCCCUCGUCCAUAUUUUCAAGCCUGACGUCUCCCCUAACUUUGGCCUGUUCUAUGAGAAAAAUGGAACUAAUGAUGGAGACUAUGUUUUUCUAACUGGAGAAGACAAUUACCUCAACUUUACAAAAAUUGUGGAGUGGAAUGGAAAAACGUCGCUGGACUGGUGGACCACAGACGAGUGCAAUAUGAUCAACGGGACAGAUGGGGAUUCUUUUCAUCCACUGAUAACCAAGGACGAAGUCCUCUACGCCUUCCCGUCUGACUUCUGCAGGUCGGUACAUAUAACUUUCAGUGGUUUUGAGAGUGUGGAGGGAUUGCCUGCUUUUCGGUAUAAGGUGCCUGCAGAAAUACUAGCCAAUACCUCCGAGAAUGCUGGCUUCUGUGUACCCGAAGGGAACUGCAUGGACUCAGGCGUGUUGAAUGUCAGCAUCUGCAAGAAUGGUGCGCCCAUCUUCAUGUCUUUCCCACACUUUUACCAAGCCGAUGAGAAGUUCAUUUCUGCCAUUAAAGGCAUGCGCCCAAACAAGGAAGAGCAUGAGACAUUUGUGGACAUUAAUCCUUUGACUGGAAUUAUUUUAAGAGCAGCCAAGAGAUUCCAAAUCAACACUUACGUGAAAAAACUGGAUGACUUUGUGGAAACGGGAGACAUUAGGACUAUGGUUUUCCCAGUGAUGUAUCUCAAUGAGAGUGUUCUCAUUGACAAAGAGACUGCAAGUCGAUUGAAGUCCGUGACUAACACAACUCUGAUAGUCACCAACAUACCCUACAUCAUCAUGGCACUGGGCGUGUUCUUUGGCUUGGUGUUCACGUGGCUUGCAUGCCGAGGACAGGGGUCCAUGGAUGAGGGAACGGCAGAUGAAAGAGCGCCCCUCAUACGAACCUAAACGAACUUACCUGUCGCCUGAGUUUGGUGAGAGAACGUGUGAACUGCCCUGAUCUGGACCAGGACAGGGAAAACCCUGAAUCCUCUCAGGCUCCUGGCCUGUCAAGAAGAGGGAGAAGCUGAAAUGCUGGCAAGUGAGGAGGGCUUCCUGGACGGAGGGUAGUGAGCAGGGUGACAUGGCCGACCGGGAUGCUUUAUAGAAUCAUGUCUCUGAAAUUGUCCUAAUGUGUCUAGGAAGUAUCUAAUAAACUUGUGUAGAAACUUUGUGGUUGGGCUCUGGGAACUGUGGGAUUUUGUGACCCCCAUUGUAGAUACAAAGUCUGCAUCGCUUGUUAACGUUAGUUGUUGACCUGACCUGAUUCAGUAUGCUUCAUUCUCCAAACUGUGUUCAAAAUAUAUAUCUAUGUAUGGCUUCCUGUUCUUCUCCGUUCAACUCCUUCCACAGGAGGAAGUGUGUAGCACCAGGAUAAAAUGAUAGCUUCAUAUGAUGCACCACACAAACGUGUCCACUUCCCCUCUUGGAGACAUCACAUGCUGCAUUUCGCUCUGUCCUCCAAUGUGUCAUCCCUUCAGGAAAAUAACUGUCUUUGGACUAGUCUAGAGUGGGUGGGAGUCACUCGGGACAGGGCGUGGGUGGGGCGGUGUCUGUAAGGAGAUAGCUUUGAGCUCCUGAGGAUUUUGAAGUUUUGCUUUUGUAGAGCAAGCGGAUGUCCCAGCAACGUUGGUGAGGGUAAGACAGAUGGUCCCUUUAGAAUAGAGUUCAGUGUGAGUUAUAGCAUUUAUAGGUUAACUGUCAUUUUCCGUCGAAGCUGUUUUGAUGUAGAUGCUUCUGGGAGAAUGGAAUCAAUAUCACGUACCCCACCCCCCACCCGCCGGUAUCUUUACCAAAUAGGAUGACUGCCAAAUACUGAAUUUGUAUUUGUAAAAUUAUAAAUGUUGCAAAGUCUCUCUGCCCAUAGCUUACGUUACAUACAGAUCCAGGAAGGCAUUUCGUCUGGACAGGACUUUGAAAAUUUUAAAUUCAUUCCUUAGAUUUAGGCCCAGCCAGUGUUUUGUGUGCCCCCCCCCCCCCCCCCCCACCGUCACUCACUAAGUGCUCUCUGCUUCCUGGGACAAUCAUUUUUCUAACAAGUGUUUACAGUGCUAGACAGAAAGUCCUUCAGAUGAGGUGUCUGCAAAGGAGCCAGCUACUUCUCUUCAGAAGGUCGCUGAAGGACAGCGGCGUCACAGCGCUCAGGCCUCAGCCAUUGUGGAGGGCACUGUCUUUGAUUCUCAGAGCCCACCAUUGGUUUUUUUUUUUUUUUUUUUUUUUUUUUUUUGGUUUUUCGAGACAGGGUUUCUCUGUGUAGCUUUGCGCCUUUCCUGGGACUCACUUGGUAGCCCAGGCUGGCCUCGAACUCACAGAGAUCUGCCUGGCUCUGCCUCCCGAGUGCUGGGAUUAAAGGCGUGCGCCACCACCGCCCAGCUCCACCAUUGGUUUUUUUUUUUUUUUUUUUUGGUUUUUUUUUGAGACAGGGUUUCUCUGUGUAGCUUUGCGCCUUUCCUGGAACUCACUUGGUAGCCCAGGCUGGCCUCGAACUCACAGCGAUCCGCCUGGCUCUGCCUCCCGAGUGCUGGGAUUAAAGGCGUGCGCCACCACCGCCCGGCCCACCAUUGGUUUUUAAUGAGGAACCCUGUAUGUUGGCUGGCCAACCUUUGAUAUAAUUUCAUGAAAACUGAAUUUCAAUGUAAACAAAAAAUUUUUAAAAAAACCUGAGAUCUCACAUACAUAUUUGGAGGUAAAAAUGUUGCUUUAAUAUACAGGCCCAAAUUUUCCUUUCUUGACACUAAAGCAAUAUGUGAUGUUUCCCUUCUUUUUUAUUUUGGGGUUUUGAGACAGAGUCUCUCUAUGUAGCCCUGGCUGUUCUGGAACUCACUGUGUAGACCAGGAUGGCACUGAACUCACAGAGAUCCUCCUGCCUCUGCCUCCUGAGUGCUGGAUCAGUGAGCCACCAUGCUUGGCUACUGUGUCCCCUUUUGAAGGGACAAUUUGUUAAACUUUCACCUUUCCAACCAAUCAAGGUAGAAACAUUAAAUACCCCAAACCACCAAAAUGUGAAAACUAAAUUGAAAAUACUUGAUCCUUAAUAACGACAAAUAUCUUUAGACCUUAUCAAUAUUUAACUAGGUAAUUCGCAUAUCCUGGUCUUCAUGCGUUGAGGCGGGGUCUCACUCUGUAGCUCAGGCUGGUUUAGAACUCACUACGUAGCACAGGUUGACCUUGAACUUAUGGUGAGCCUCCUGUCUCGGCCUCCCGGGAGCUGAGAUUACAGCUGUGCACUACCCCCGACUGUCUUUAUGCAACUACUUAUCCACACUAAUAAACUGGUAAGCCAGUGCAUACUAGUUGGUUCAUUCCUAUUUUCAGGAUAUAAUCAUCUCUGAGGAGAUUUUUUUAAACACAGACGUGACGGCAGUUAAUGAUGUACAUAGUAGACUGAACCUCACAUAGAAAAGAAGACCAAAACCGGAUUAAUCCUUCAUUAGUGCCGUGGUUACUAACAGUGAUGGCUCAAAUCACGUUUGGUAUUUCCUUCUAAAAGGUCCAUGGCAAACCCACAAGCCGCACUCGGGAUUAUAGGUUGACUAACAACAAAUGUACCCCUUUUGUGUGGGGUUGGAAAUAGCAAGCUGUUCUCUGUGUUCUCUUGAGACUGUCACCCUGGAAGGGUCCCAAAGGCUGUGGGGCCAUCAGCAUUCUCACACCACAGGAUGGCAGGGAAGUAGGAACGCACAGGGCAAGAAGGGUCUGGGCAUUUCCGGGUAGGCGCCAGGCUCUGCCCAGUAGACCUUACUUCCUCGUGUUCUACAGAGAUCACUAAUAUCAAAUGGAACAAGCACCGCACAACUAACCCCUAUUGGGGUCUUCACUUACGGGGGGGGGGGGGGCGGCUGAUUUUUAACUUGUUUGCAGUAUGAAUUCUUCAAAAGGCCCCCUGAGCAUUGUUACUGGUGUAGAUUGCUUGUGUCGGAUUUUAACAAGGAUGAUUGUUAUGUUCUUUCGUUAUGUUCUUUUUACACCGUUGGCUCAUUUCUUGUGAUUCUUGACCUGGUUUUAUUUCUACCCAUAGCACUGAAAUGUUUCACUAAUAAUAAUAAUAAUAAUAAUAAAAAGUUUAUAGGAA